UGUAAAUGAGUUUUGCACUGAUUCAAUCGCUUUAAUGUCUUGCUUUUUUAAUGGGCUACUGACUUCUGUACCAUAUUCUACAAUUGGGCGUACGAAUGCCUUAACCAUAAUAAAAGACCAUAAUAAAAGAAAAAUUUUAUCACCGAUUCAACAUCUUUACUUUUAAAAUUAUUCAAACACUACACUUAUUUCAAGCAUUUUUAUUUAGUGUUGUAUUAUAAGAUUUGAAUCACAACGAUCAAAAGAAACAUAUCACAAACUGCGAAGGAACUACAAGUGUAUACAGUUUUUCAUUACGAUACUCCUUCUUCAACCUCUUCAAUUCAAUUUGAGGCUGUGGAGGCGCAAGGCAAUGUCUUCUAGUACUCCAAUGACUCAUUGAACAUAAUUCUUUUUGCACAAGGAGAAGUCUGAUUCAGUAUUCGAUUAUUUCAUUCGUCUCUAAAACAUCAGUGACAUCUCUCCAAAAUAAAAUUGUCUUUCAAACCCCGAUGCCGCCAGCCAAUUGUCCUUGAGUGGUCAAUGAUCAGAUCACUAAAGAGGAGGGCAUACAAUUUUAUAGUGGUCUCUAAUUCUUUUUUCAUCUUUCCCUAUUAACUAAUACAUGCACAUAGAAUCCAAUAACUUUAUCACUCCGAUCACGUGUUCGGUGUGCGGGAGAAGUGCUAAAGGCUAUCAUUAUGACGUCAUUUCUUGUAAAGGAUGCAAAACAUUUUUUAGAAGAAUGUACUUAUUGAAAUCUAAAAUAAUAUGUGGAUUAAACAACAGUUGUUUCGAUUUAAAAAAUAAAAAUGAGCCAUAUUUGCGAUGCAGAGCGUGCCGUUAUAAAAAGUGCAUAGAUGUUGGUAUGAACCGAAAUGGUAUUCAAUCAUCGGAAAGCAAAAAAGAAUUUAACAAAACGCAGAAACUAAAUUUUCAAGUUAUGGAAUCUGCGGAUGAUGUCAUGAAUAGUAUAAUUGAACGACUUUCUUAUGUUGAGUCAAAACUUGAAAUUUUUCGAACUUCUUCCUUCAAUCCACAAUGGUCAUCGUUUUCUAGCUUAAAAUAUUUACUCGAGGGUACAUGCCAAUUAAGUUCCACAGAGAAGUCUGAAAAUGGUCUUGAAAAAAUUUAUAUCAUCGAUUUUCCAACAGGCAAUCAAUAUACCAAAACGAAUAAAAAAAUUUGGACCCUAUGCAAUCUAUUGACAAUUACUGAAUACAUCAAGACAUUUGAAUGUUUUCAUAAAAUUUCAUCUAACGACAGGCUAGUUUUAACUCGGCAUAUUAUAUUGAUGUGUAAGAUUUUACACGAAUCACACUAUGCUGUCUCCAGAAAAUUUGAUAAUUACUUGAACCCAGACGGUACCCAAGAAUCAAAAACAGAGAUGCAUCAUUCUUUAUUGGCUAUGUCAAUAUCACCGUUAGUACGAACACACAUACAGCCAGUGGAAUAUGUUCUUUUGAAGGCAAUGUGUUUUUGUAAUCCAGCCGUCACUGGUCUCUCCCAGCAUGCUCAAACUACCCUUGCAAAAGAACGCCAACAAUUUGGGAACCUCUUAUUUGACCUUUGCCGAAAAAAUAGAAGAGAUGGACCAGGACAUUUUGUCGAACUAGUAGGAAUUCUUGGGCUUUUGGAAAAUCAGCAAAGAAUGCUCAAGGAUACAUAUAUGACAUAUUAUGCUCCGUUUUUAUCUCCAGAAGAUGUUCGUGGUGUUAAACUCUUCUACGACAUCAUGAGCUCAUGAAAAUGUUUCAUAUAAAAUUGUUUAUUUGAAAUCAUAUUUCAAUAAACAUUAUAAAAUUUAAACAGACAACAAAAAUUAACAAGAACACACUUUAUCUCAGAAACUGAUCGUUUCUUAAAAAAUGCUAUUAUAUGUAGUUUCUCAGACGUCCAUGACAUCAGAAAGAAACUUUAUAAGCUCUCUUGAAAAUUUGUUCAUCAGCGGAACAACAUACAUAAUGUGCAAGUCUUUGAACAUUCUCUGUUGUGUUUCCAAAAGAUUAAAAAUCCCAAUCAGUUCUGCAAAGUGUCCAGGACCGUCGGUAUAAUUUCGAAGGCAGUGGUUAAUGAGUAUAUCAGCAAAACAAUAACGUUCUUUUGCCAAUAUCCUUUGUGCAUUUUGAGAAAGCUCUGGGACAGCUGAAAUAAACAUUUUGAAUAA